UUUUUUUCUUACGAAUAACCAAAACACGCUUUUUUCUUUUUCUUCUUCAAGGGAGUUUAGGCUCAGUCUGGGUUGAAAAGUCAAAACGUAUUUAAAGCCUUAACUUUUUUUUUCUAUUUCUAUUUCUUUACUUUUUCCUUUUUUCUUUUCUCUUUUCUUUUUUCUACUGUUGUUUUAUCAUAUCUUUUUAUUAUUACUGUUGAUACCAUACUAUUACUGCCUUUAUACUAUUACUACUGUUAUUAUUACUAGUUACUACUACAAUUACUUACAAUGGAUAUCAAAAACUUACUUUGUCCUCAUGUCACUGAUCAAGUAAUGCUUGAAAAAAAUAAUUACCUUUAUAACUCGUGUUAUUCUUCACCGUCAUCCUUAUCUUCAAGUCCAUCAUCAAGUUAUGCAUCACCAUUACCCAUACUAGCUUCACCUCCCAAUUCACCUUCUAUGAAACAACAAAGACAACAACGUCGCGUUACUACUCAGACUCGGACACCAUGGUCAUCAGAAGAAGAUUUUUUACUACAGAAAGGAUAUAGUCAAGGAUUAUCAUGGGCUAUGAUUUCAUCUACCUAUUUACCUCAUCGAUCUCGUGGUUGUUGUUGGGGACGAUUCAAGACCUUGCAGGCUAAGGCCUUGGAACAACGUGAAUGGUCAGAUCCUGAAGAUCGAUUACUGUUAUUGGCGGUCAAGAAACAUGCAAAGUUAUUCAAACAUGCUUGGAAAUCAGUAGCAGAUGAUAUGGGUCAACGAACUUGGCGUGAAUGUGAAAUCCGAUCUUUCAAAUUGGGUAAUAUGGUUCGAAAACGACAACAUCCUCAACAUCUUCAACAUCUUCGUCAUCAUCAACAUACUUCUUCCAUUUGAAACCAAGAUAUUACUAUUAUCAAAAUGGUGAAACUGUUGAACGGAUAUCCC